AGUUUUCGUGCUUCUUCUCCACAAUCGUCCGCCUUUACCCCCCUUUCUCCUCUCUAUCUACUUAUUCCAAUUGUUUCCCAGAAACAGAUUCACCUCAUCAUCGCCAUUGCCUCACCUCAUCCCAACCAUGUCCAACAAACCCUCUGCCAAGGCGAUUGCCAAACUCAACGCCACCACUCUCUUUCCCGAGAUCAGAAAGGAAAUUGAGAAGAAUCCGUCUCUUUCUUCCAUCCGCGGGUUCUUUAUCUUCAACAUCACUAAGAGGGGCGUUCCUAUGACCGAAUGGUACUUGCUGUUCCAAGGAUUUGAUGCACCUGCAGUUGUGUCUCAGAAGCGACCCGAGAUCCCUAAGGCCAAGCGGGAUGUGCAGCCCAUUCCCGUCGCCAUUAUCCAGAUCGAGGAUUCGGACCUGCUCAACUUUAUGAGCGGAGGACUCACUGGAUCGCGAGGCAUUGUGAGCGGAAAGAUCAAGAUUGCCGGUGCAAUGGAGCUGGCGGAGCAACUGGAGGAGAUCUUUAGAAAGGCCAAGGGUACUGAGAAGACCCUUGCCUAUUUGGACCACAAGCGCGGCAAGUCCGAGAGGGCCAGGGCUCGCUUGUAAGAGCUCAAUUAAAUGGGUGCAUGAUAGACUGUCGACGUAUGGUUCUCGCUUUGCGUAAGAUUCUUAACGCUUGAGAGAAUAAAGUACCCGUCAUGGAUACUACACUCGCUGCAUAGAGAAGUCCGUCUAUGCGCUUGAGCAAUAGGUCAAAUAAAGUAGACAUCUGCAUCUAUCACCAC